AUGGUUGAAGGUCUCGAAAAUCUCAACGAAGAGCUUGCCAAGCAGAAUGAGUGGGCCAAGGCUGUAAUUUUUGAUCAUGAAGGUCAUCCUGUUGCAUCAAAAGGCUUUAAUGUGAACCCAGCAGAGCUUUUACCAUAUCUUCAUGCAUUGGACUCCAGAGAUGCUACAAUAGGUGCUGGAUUUAUAUUGGCAGGGAAUCAUUUCGACGUUCACAGGUUCCAUCCUCCUCUGGUUUAUGGUAGAAGAGGCGGACCUGAUGAAGGUGAAGGAAUUGCCCUUUGCCAAGCUAUUAGAAAUGGCCAACCUGUGUACGGAGUUAUUACCUAUGAAUUUCCCUAUCUAAGCGCCCGCUGCGUACCACAGCUUGUUGACUUCUGCAGAAAAUAUAUAGGAACUGUUGAAAUCCCACAGCCAAACUAG